CUUUGUAAUUUGAAUCGUGAUGCAUCAAUAUUUCUUGUCCUUCGUGCGCACCUUGUCGGAGCAGCAGCGACUAAAUGCGGUACAGUUGAUAACGUGGGAGAGUCGGGAGAGUUACCUCAACGAUGGCCAAAUUUUCAUGAUGCACGGUUUGAGAGAGCCGCUCGUUCUCAUUGCGGACGAAUUCUAUGCAAAAUGGGAUUGGCACGGGAAGUGGAAGGAAUUCAACCUCGAUGGCUCGAAUUUGCAUUACCUACACAUGAAGCUGGCCUUGGUUGAGUAUAAGGCCAUGGGAAAAGAGGAGAUUAAUGACAGCGUCUCCAUGGUCCUGGAUAUGGUGCGCAUACAUGCGCUAUCCGGCAUUGCCAUUUUAGAAUCUGUGGGCACAUUGCUUUGGAAAACUUGCUGCAUUAAACGAGAAGAAAACGCGUUUAGAUAGUUGUAUCUUGUGUAUGCAAA